CGUCGUUUAUUGGGCCGGCCCAAGAGAAGAAAAACGAGUGGCAAAUAGGCGGUAUCAUCUCGCAUUUCACUAUUUGCCACUCGUGUGUCUAUGACAUGUGGGCCCGGGACCCACAUGUCAUAAUCCCUCUUAUCCCCUUCUGCUGCGGCGAGCCACACUCCCAAGCCGAGGAGCUCUCGCUUGCGACAGCCAUGGAGCUAGGCCUCGCGCUGCGGCUCGUCGCGCCGCCGCCUCGUCUCCCCUGUAGAGCUCUCCAGCCGCCGCCGAUGCCUUGUUUCUCUCCGUGUGCGGCCCGAAGAAGCCGCAUCCGCUCCUCGAGGUUGGAGCGCAGGGUUGGGGUUGUUGUAUCCGGUGGGAGUAUGGCUUCCUUGGCAAUGGAGGAGGAGGAAGAGGAAGAGUGGGAAGAAGCGGAGGAAGAAGCGGAAGGAUGGCAAGAGGAGGAGGCUGCAGUGGUGACGACGAGGCCGCGUCUGGAGCUCAUCGAGAAGCCGGACCGGAGCCUGUGUCUGCUCGACGAGUACGAGUCGGAGGAGCUAGGCACCUCUCAUUGUGCCAACCACCGCAGCGGUUAUGUUGCUGUAUUAGGAAAGCCAAAUGUUGGAAAGAGCACCCUAAUUAACCAAAUUGUUGGUCAGAAACUUUCAAUUGUGACAGACAAACCGCAAACCACACGGCAUCGCAUUCUUGGUAUAUGUUCUGAACCAGAAUACCAGAUAAUACUUUAUGACACGCCAGGUGUCAUCAAAAAGGAAAUGCAUAAGCUAGACACAAUGAUGAUGAAGAAUGUUAGGAGUGCCGUUGGCAGUGCAGAUUGUGUGCUUGUUGUUGUUGAUGCUUGCAAAAUGCCUGAAAAGAUUGAUGAAAUACUGGAAGAAGGUGUGGGGAACAAAGAUACUGAGCUUCCAGUACUGUUGGUAUUAAACAAGAAAGAUCUCAUAAAGCCAGGAGAAAUUGCAAAGAAACUUGAGUGGUAUCAAAAAUUCACUAAUGCUGAUGACGUCAUACCUAUAAGUGCUAAAUUUGGGCAUGGAGUGGAUGAUAUCAAGGAGUGGAUAUUAUCAAAGCUCCCUCUGGGGCCUGCUUACUAUCCAAAGGACAUAGCUAGUGAGCACCCUGAGAGAUUUUUUGUGGGGGAAAUAGUGAGAGAAAAGAUUUUUCUUCAGUAUCGUCAAGAAAUUCCAUAUGCUUGUCAGGUUAAUGUCAUAAGUUACAAGAGCAGACCUACAGCCAAGGAUUUUAUUCAAGUUGAGAUACUCGUUGAGAAGGAAUCACAAAGAAGCAUUAUACUUGGGAAGGAUGGAAAAGCAAUCAAGAUGCUAGCAACAGCAUCAAGACUUGAUAUCGAGGAUUUCCUACAAAAGAAGGUCUAUCUUGAGAUAAUGGUCAAGGUGAAGGAAAACUGGCGGCAGGAUGAACUUCUUUUGAAGCGUUAUGGCUAUGGAGGGGAGAUUCAAGCACUAUGACCAUCAGAUUGUUAUGCAGGCUGUCACAGCUAGGAGUAAUUUACCUUUUUUUUUCUGUUAGCUUUGUUUAUGAUUGAGGUGAUGAGUGAAGGUCGAAUUAGCUCGGUAAUUAGUGAGGUAUCUCCACAAAAUUUUGUGUGCCCACUCUAUUAUUGCAUAGAUGUACAUCUGUUGUAUCAUGAAACUGAUGUUUCUAAUAGAAAGAAACAUAGUUCUGGUCUGUAUCAUUGGAUGGUUGAAAGCCAAGUCAGUACUAGUAGCUGAUUGGAGGCAA